AUGCAAUUGUUUGUACAAGACGACUCCGAUGAUGAGUUGCAAUUGGAGCUGUCCCAGCAAGAGGAACAGAAGCAGAAACAGUUCAAUGAUUCACGUAGACUCAUAGAUGAGACUCAACAGAAGAACGAUGAGCAAGUAUCUGUGGUUAGUGAGACCACUGUCUACAGUCCAAAUGAUGAAGACGCUAUACUCUAUCCACUAAUUCCAGAUGAUCUUGAUGAAUCAACUGAGUUCAAGCCCAAUAUUGAGGAUAUAAGGCCUGUUGACAUACAAUUGAAUCUAUCGUUGCCGUUUCAGCAGCAAAUCAUUGAGGAUGUGCUUGCUACUGAUGAUCCUUUAGUAAUUAUGGGUAAAGGGCUUGGUAUGGUCCCCAUUGUGUCUAAUCUGCUUCACGUACUAGCCACUCCUACUGUUAUAAAAGGGCAAUUGAAGCGCUCCCUUGUGGUUGUCUUGAAUGCCACCGGGUCAGAGAAUCGGCAAAUAUCAGAAGAGCUUGAGGAGUUGAAUUGGCUAGUAAAUGCAGAUGAUAAUGCUGGGCCCUUUGCUAGCAUAGAUGAAGAUGACGAUGAUGACCCUAAGUACUCAAUAUUUAAUGAAGUCACGGCGGAAACUCUAAGUGUGGAGAAAAGAAGGCAAUUAUAUUUAAAGGGUGGUAUUGUCAGUGUUACGUCUCGGAUAUUUAUCGUUGAUUUGCUUUCAGGAACUAUACAUCCAAACAGAAUAACUGGUUUCGUAGUUUUAAAUGCUGAUAACUUGAGAAAUUUUUCGAAUGAAUCGUUUAUUUUGGAGAUAUACAGAUCAAAGAAUAGAUGGGGUUUCAUAAAAGCGUUUUCAAAUAACCCAGAAUCAUUUUCGAUGUCUUUUUCUCCAUUGAUAAAUAAAAUGAAAGAGCUUCAUCUUAAGAAUGUUCUUUUAUGGCCUCGAUUUAGGAUUGAGGUAUCUGCCUCACUCAACAAUGAAAAAGUUAUCAAUGGUCAGAUUAGGUCGGAUAAGGUUAUUGAAGUGCGUAUUAACCCCACUAAUGCAAUGUCACAGAUACAAUUUGGCCUAAUGGGUUGUUUGAAGAAAUGUAUAGAAGAAUUGACACGGAAAAAUACAGAAAUAUCGAUAGAAUAUUGGAAUAUCGAGAAUAUUUUGGAUGCAAACUUUAUCAGAUCUAUAGAUGCGAUAAUGGUGCCAAAUUGGCACAGAAUUUCUUUUGAAUCAAAACAAUUGGUUAAGGAUAUCAAGUAUUUGAAGAGAUUAUUAAAGAUGCUCUACUCCAGUGAUGCAGUUGAUUUUUACGAAGAGGUACAGCUUAGUUUAGAAGCUAAUAAGCCGAGUUUGGGUAGAAAAUACUCAGAAUCGCCAUGGUUAAUGGCAGAGGAAUCUCAAUUAGUUAUUUCAUAUGCUAGACAAAGAAUUUUCAACGGUCAGGAUUAUGUUUUAGAGGAACUUCCUAAAUGGGAUCAGUUACUAAGUAUACUUGAUGAUAUUGCCUAUGAGAAAACAACUAGAAAUAUUGAAGGUUCUACCCUAAUUGUUUGUAAUAAUAACACCACUGUGUUGCAGCUAAGGCGGGUAAUCUCAAAAUAUGAUAAUGAGUUUGGUAUGCGUAACAUUAUGCUAAGUAAACUUGAAUGGUACAAAAUGAAGAGAGAGGAGCGUAAAAGAAUUGUUCGAGAUUUCAAGAAAGAAGAAACCGAGCCUGAAGUACAGCUAUCUGUCAGUUCCUCUUUUGCCAAGGAGGAAGUAGUGACCAAAAGAAGAAGGACUCGUGGGGCUGCCGCUGUAGCUGCUGUGCAAAAACUACAUAGUGCUGGUUCAGGCAUUGAUAUAGAGGAUGUGAUUGAAAAUUACGAUUUUAAUGCGGAAGCACAGGGAACUAUGAAAUCUACGUCCGAUGAUUUGAUAGAAGAUUACAGGGUAGAGGAACAAGAGGGUUAUUAUAACGUUGAAGAUGAAGGAGAGUACGAUGACUUUGAAAACAGUACUUUAUUCAAGGAGUUUAUGAAAAGAGAAGCUGAUCUAAUUGAUCAAACAAUGCAAAAGAAGAAGGAAAAUUUUGAGUACUUGGAUAGACAGGAUCAAUUACUGAUAGAAACUUUUAGUAGGAUAGGUGAUGACGUUUUAUUUGAGGAGAUGAUGCCAUCUUAUAUUAUCAUGUAUGAACCUGACUUAGCGUUUAUUAGAAAAGUCGAAAUCUUCAGAGCUUUAAAAAGAGAGAACCCUCCAAAAAUAUUUUUUCUGUACUAUGGUGAUAGUGCAGAAGAACAAACUCACCUUCUUUCUAUAAAAAAGGAAAAAGAUGCUUUUAGUAAAUUAAUUAGAGAAAAUGCAACUUUAGCACAGAGAUUUGAAGCUCAGACGGAUCUCUCACAUUUCAAAAAUCUUGCUGAAAGAAAGCUUAAGCUAUCCAAUAUCCGGAAAACUAAUACUAGAACUGCAGGUGGUCAACUUGGCCUGCGAGAGCUAACUCAAGAUGUAGUAUUGGUAGAUACUAGAGAAUUUAAUGCCGCGUUGCCGGGUUUGCUGUUUCGAUAUGGGGUAAGGGUAAUACCAUGCAUGUUAACUGUCGGUGAUUAUGUUCUUACACCAGAUAUUUGCGUUGAAAGGAAAUCAAUAUCUGAUCUAAUUGGAUCUCUCCAAAACCAUAGACUUGAGGCGCAAUGUAAAAAAAUGUCUAAGCACUAUAAGUAUCCUACGUUGAUGAUAGAAUUUGAUGAAGGUCAAUCAUUUUCACUUGAACCUUUCAGUGAAAGAAGGCUAUACAGAUCAAGGGAUUCUUCUACUACACAUCCGAUAUCUAAUAAGUUAUCUCAAGAUGAUAUUCAAAUGAAACUUUGUAAGUUAGUGAUGAAGUUCCCAGGACUUAGAAUAAUGUGGUGUUCUUCUCCCUUGCAAUCUGUAAAUAUCAUAUUAGAAUUAAAACUAGGGAGGGAACAACCGGAUCCAAAUAUAGCAAUUGAAUUGGGUUUGCAUAGGAAAAUGGGUUUGUCUGAAAAAAGCAUUGACAAUGAGCAAAGCUUUAAAAAGCUGUUAUCAAUUCCGGUCUUGUCUAAAAUAGAUUACUUUAACAUAAGAAAGAAGGUCAAAACUUUUAGGAAACUAACAAAGAUGAGGCUUAUUGACAUCCAGAAUGUUGUUGGGAAUGAAAUGGUCGCCACAAAAGUGUAUGAAUUCUUGCAUAAUGAUGAUAACGACGAUGAUGACUAUGAUAUAAGUGAUUUAGAUUAA